AUGGAGACGAUGCGGCGUCGACAACUCCAUAGCUGUGAUCCUUGUCGCAAAGGCAAACGAGGCUGCGAUGCACCGAAAGUUCGAACGGAUAGUGGGUUUGGACCUUGUUCCAAUUGCAAACGCUGGAAGAAGGAAUGCACAUUCAACUGGCUUGCCUCAAAGCGUUCCGAUACUGAAGAGAGUCGAAAGAAGACAAAGCCAUCUGCUGCAGCUCCAUCACAGAGCUCGGAUACCGACUACUUUGCGCGCUCGCAUGAUGCAGAGUUGGAUGCGAUACUGGGCUCUGCGAAUUCUUACGCUGCCAACUUGGGAGAUAUAUUCACAUUUACCAACACCCAAACUAGCUUUGGACCCUCCUUUCAGCCGGACUGUAUGGCUUUCGAAGGGAGAUCAAGAAGUGAAUGGAGUGACGAUCAAUCAAACCUUUUCACCUGGUCCUCUGACAUUCCAGUCAAUGAACAGAUAAACACGAUGACUUCGAGCUCGAACAACAGCUUCACUGAUGUUGGACCUAAUUCGGCCUUUGGUGAUCUAUUCUCACACUCUCUUCAGAACGACCCAACCCUACAAAUGGACGCCAAAGAUGAGCCGGUCUCAUCUCUCACGCCCGCAGAAGCUGCAGAGUGUGAGGAGAGCGGUAGCAACAACUCGUUAGUUCAGCAAUACACCUCAACAUCGAGACCAGAGGCUCAAUGGAGCUUUUGUUUCGCUUCUGAUAAAACAUCAAAAGAAUAUGUCCGGUCUACAAUGACUCGCAACUUGAUCCGAAUAUAUCACGAUAGCAUGGAGAACGCCCUCUCGUGCUGGCUAACAGAGCACAACUGUCCAUAUGGCGACUCGCCAGGUAAUAUUCUUCCGUGCAAACAGAAAGAGGAAUGGGCACCGAGCUGGUCGAACAGAAUGUGCAUUCGAGUCUGUCGGCUAGAUCGCGUAUCCUCUUCAGUUCGUGGCCGUGCCUUGAGUGCAGAGGAGGACAAAACUGCGGCUCGAGUACUCCAUUUAGCAAUUAUGGCAUUUGCCUCCCAAUGGACUCAGCAUGCUCAGAAGGGAACAGGAUCGUCAAUUCCAGAAGCGAUUGAUCAAGACGAAAGAUCAAUCAGAGAACACGUUUGGAAUAAGGCACGACACGCCCUCGAACAUACAACUGGAAUCCCCUCUUUCCGUGUUAUCUUUGCCAACAUCAUCUUCUCUCUUACACAACGUCCUCUAAACAGCCGACAUGAUCGAUCAUUGAGUGAGCUUUUGGAGGCAGACCGUGCGCCAAUGUUCUUGGAGAAUGCAAAUCGGCAACUAUAUACAUUUCGACAUAAGCUUACGCGGAUUCAAAGGGAGGCACAUCCAUUGAUCCGAGGACAACGACGACAAUCAGUAUCAUCGAGAAUACCUGAUGGUCUGGGGUUACCACAGCCAUUGGACACGUCAGGGGUGGACCCAAUCCUCUCCGAUCAGGAAUACCGAACAACCCUCAGUUUGAUGUUCUGGCUGGGAAUCAUGUUUGAUACCCUCAGUGCUGCAAUGUAUCAACGGCCCCUCGUUGUAUCAGAUGAAGAUAGCCAGAUAUCCUCGGCAUCGCCAACGAUGUUUGAUUCAGGUAACCACUUUGAGUAUGGUGGCUGGGACAUUCCUCAAAAAGGAAUACCAGAGCAGCAGGAUGUAUGGGGCGAUUUCUUUCUAGGGAAUUCAGAGUCUCAACAAUCAAAUAAGGCUCAGCCUAGAUGGCCAUGCUACUAUGAUGAAGCUGCUUCGGUCCUUUCAGAUGCCACUCCCGUCAAAGUGCUACUGUACCGCCGUGUCACGCAGCUCCAAACCCUCGUUUAUCGAGGCGCCCCAAGCGAGCGUCUUGAAGAAGUCAUUCAGAAAACCAUCCAGGUGUACAGGCAUUGGAAUUCCAAAUAUCAGAAAUUCAUGCUUGACUGUGUUGCAAACCAUGAGCUCCUUCCUCCACGUAUCCAAUCAUGGUAUGUCAUUCUUGAUGGUCAUUGGCAUCUUUCCAUCAUGCUGCUGGCAGAUGUGAUUGAAGGCAUUGAUCGUGGGAGGAUGGGCUCUGACUCCGAGCGUGAAAAUCGGGAAGCUAGCAGUUUUGUCUCCACGCUGAAGAUGGAUCAUGCCUUUGCUGUUGGUGCGCUUGCUCGUUCAUCGCUACGUGAUCGUGAGCCGACGAUGAACCGACAUUUCCAUGACUCUGUUAACGAAGUUGCAUUCUUAGUUGAGCCAUGGACCGUUGUUCUGAUACAUUCAUUUGCCAAGGCCGGAUAUAAUUCACUCGAAUUUCUGAAUGCGCCUGGAAAGUACCCCUCAUUGAUUGGGAUGCUCUGCGAAAAUUGUGGCUUCUGCAUUCGUGCACUUGAAUACCUUGGUAGAAAGUCUGACAUGGCUACUGUCGUUGCUCGAACGCUGUCCAAGUCUUUGGAUACCAAGCUCAAUCCGAGAAGCGAGAACUAUAGAUCCAAAAUUUUGACGCCGAACAGCAUAUCUCCAGAUAUUGCCUUGUUUGACGAUCAGCUCAAUGGUAACAUUGAUCUGCUCGUCGCCCAGUAA